AUGCCUAAGACAAUAUUAUCCUCUAGUUCUAAGCAAAAGGACACUGUCUUUCUACUGCCAUGGAUAGAGAAAAGUAUUGGACCUCUAAUUGCAGAUGAAAGCGAUAUUAGACUACCAGUCUUCAAUUUCAUCCCCAAAUUACAGUUGAAAGAUUUACGCAAGCCACAGCUGAGUCCCCGAAUUCUCCGUAAUCCGAGUCAUUUUGUCAAGGUCGUCAAAUUCCAUAGCGUGAAUCGUUUUCAAGUGUUCGCUACCGUAAGGGACAGCGCCCAUCAGAUACUUGUUGAAUUCACACCUCAAUGCGUAUCAGAAUUUGAACGCACACACCGUUCAAGAAUAACCUUAGAGACAGAACAUUCGCUAUUCAUCAUUAGCGAUUGUAAGCUAUACCAUAGGGAUCGCAACUACAUACUAAAGAAUUUCGGCAUCGAUAUGAAGAAUUGGCAGUCCGCUGCGAAUCAUAAAAGAUGCUCUACGAUCCCGGUAUUGAUAGUAAACCAGGCUAGCCAAUUCGAGAUGGACCAGAUCGAAUCCUUCGAGCACUUUCCAUACUUAUAUACCUUAUAA